GGCAGAAGGUUUUACUGGUUACUCAUGGCGCGUACGAAGCAGACCGCGCGUAAGUCGACGGGCGGGAAGGCGCCCCGCAAGCAGCUGGCCACCAAGGCGGCCCGCAAGAGCGCGCCGGCCACGGGCGGCGUGAAGAAGCCGCACCGCUACCGCCCCGGCACGGUGGCGCUGCGCGAGAUCCGCCGCUACCAGAAGUCCACGGAGCUGCUGAUCCGCAAGCUGCCCUUCCAGCGCCUGGUGCGCGAGAUCGCGCAGGACUUCAAGACCGACCUGCGCUUCCAGAGCUCGGCCGUCAUGGCGCUGCAGGAGGCGAGCGAAGCCUACCUGGUGGGGCUCUUCGAGGACACCAACCUGUGUGCCAUCCACGCCAAGCGCGUCACCAUCAUGCCCAAGGACAUCCAGCUGGCCCGGCGCAUCCGCGGAGAGCGCGCCUGAGGCUCCUGCUGCAGAUCUUCCCCGGUUCUUCCAGGCACUGAGGCAGCCCACACAGACCCAAAGGCUCUUUUAAGAGCCACUCCAUACACACUGAAAGGAGCUGUAGCACUGCUUUCAAGUGGACAGAGCUUAGUAAUAACAAAGUACUCUUAUUUCUAUAUCCUAGAUUGUACAACUUGAUUUUAUAGCUCCACCUCCUUUUUUGGUGAUUUUCUUUCUUUGUUUGGGUUUGGGUUUUGUUUUGGUUUUAAUUUCACACAUAAUGAUUGCAUUGCCUGCAAUCAGCUUUUAUAGCUUUUAUAAACCCCUCAAAGCUUUCAAUUGUUCUGCAUUUCACCAGGUUGCUUUGCAAAUAUCGAAGGAGAGUAACAGGUAUUUCACAAACACUGCCUGGAGAAAGAAAGACAAAAUUAAAACAGUGUGGAGGGGGUUUCAAUAUGUUAGCUUAAAGAACAGUGAGAAAAGAAUAUCCUGUAGAAUGUAAGGGUUUACAUCAUUAUGACCAUACUAGACUCAACAGUCUUGAAGGAGUGGUGGAGAAGGAGGGAGGGGUGCAUGGCUCUGUCUGGAACAUCCUUGGGCUCAGGAAUUUUGCUCCUCAAACCCCACCAGCAGGCUUUGUCUAGGUAAGAGCAAAAACUUCCCACAGCUCUCUGGAAUUAUGUUACUGCUGAAACCUGCUAAGGCAAUCUGCUUGAAAGAGAAUUGUUACUUUCCUCCAAGAUUUGCUACUGCCAAGAGCAAGAAUAUGUGUCUCAAAAGAUCUGUUUUGAGGCUGCUCUUAGAAUGAUAGAUGACCAUGGUGAAGAGACAGGCAAUGUGAGGCACCUUUCUCACAGCAUGGAAACAUAUGUUAAAAGGUCAAGAAACUAUAAAGGAAAAGUGCUGCCCUUAGGAAUACUGAUCCAGUUUGUCUGGAUUUUGUUACCACUGGUAAUACAAAACUAGAAAAGAAGUCAUAAAUAUAUAAUUUCCUAAGUUGUUGAGUUCUUUGGUUUUUUUGUUCACUUGGGAUUUUUUUUUGGGGGGGGGGAGCACUUAUAAUAAUUUUUAUUAAAAUCUUGGAGUAAAACUUUGUUUUUCCAAUAAUGCUCAAGGAUUUUCACCAGAGAGUGGGUAACUCUAGGCUCUCUUUAUGUACAACUCAGAUUUGAGCCAUCACCUCAGCAAGUGGCAAAGGCACGCACAAAAUCAUCAGAUAUUUGUGUAGUAUUAUACAAUAUGUAUUUUCUUUGAAAAGUUCUUGGUGUUUUUCCAUGUGCUCCUAGUUCUUUAUUCUUCAUUAACUCAAAAGCUCACAGAAGUCCACCCUGAUAAUUCAUUUCCACUGUCUCAAUUUAGUUGUCCUUUGGAUGUGAGGGAAUGCUUCACCAGGUCACGUUCCUCCUCUGGUCAUAAAAGUCAAUUCUUGUCUUUGUUGAGACACACCUAUUCACCUUUAAACUUCAGAGAAAAAACACAAGCUGUCCCAUUAACUGACACCAAUAUCUAGUCUAUGCCUAUACUCAAAAAUAUGUUGACCUUUUAAUCAUCAGUUAUCAUCAAAUCUAAUACCUAUGUUCUAAGUCUGACAUUUCCUACACAAUCUGUUGAUUAAGCUGGACUGGGGCUGUACAUGGAACAAUUGAGCAGGAUUCUUGUCGUUGUCAUAAAGAUUAAUUUCCAACACUUGUUCUUAUUAUAGUCUUAAUACAAUAGUCUUUAUCAUGAUCAAUCAUCAAUAAUAUCUGUCCUACAUGUAUAUAUUUAUCAUAUUUUCUCAUUUCCCUUAACAAAUAAUAAGUGUACAUGCAUUUGUCUUUGAACAUGUGCUUUCCUAGAUAGCAAUCAUAAGAUUUUAUGCAAUCAGAAAACAGGCUGAUUUGUGACAUUUCUGCAGUCAGAUUUCUCAGAUUCUUCACAAGAUGCAUGUAUACAUAUACCCUGACAGUAAGUAACUUUCAGUCUUCCUUGUGAGGACCCAUUUUUGCUCAAAUGGUUGCUAUGAGACAUUAAAAUAGGAAGUUAAAAAAUAUGCUUCAGAGAGUAGUUAUUGUUUCUCCCAUAAUUUUGGGAAGCAUCUUUCCACCUUCCCUCUGUCUGCAAAGAUUUCACUUAGUACCUGGAGUGUAACAGUCCUGAGUGCUGAGUAGUGUUGAAGGAGCUAUUAGAGGGCAGAACGGUCAUGUGUUGUCAUUAGAGGCUCCUCUUAGAGACCCUUGAAGUACUAAAGGUACAAUUCAUCAGAGGCAGUACUUGGAUGGAUGAGAAAAAAGGCAGAAAGCCUUCCUGAGAGAAGUUAUCGGUCCAGAUUAAGGCUUGUUUGGGGGGUCCUUUCCCCCUUUUUUCCUUCUGCAUUUUUUUUUUUUUUUUUGGUUUUCCUCCCACAUACAGUCCCCAAAAAUUAGUUUGUUGACCUUUAUGGUCUUAUUUCAAAACCAGGUAGCACUGGAAGUGGAGAGCUGCAGUGUUACUAUGUGAUGAAUGGAGCAUCUAUGCUGUCUGUAGUGAAAAGAGGAGCUAGUCUAUUUUUUAAUUUUGUCUUUCAAACAGAAUAUAUAUCUUUUUAAUUUCACCUCUAUUUAUUUAUAUGUAAAUUAAAUUUGUCUGAGUAUGUAACAAAUCAAAUUAAAAUAAACCUAAAUGAUAUAGAAGGAAAAUAUUGGCAGGCUUUAAAAUUGAGGUUUUGUACAACAAUAUGAAUAAGAUUUCUCGUUGUAUCGAAAGGUAGCAUGAUGUGAGAAGAAACUUCACACUUACCCACCCAUCCACCCCAGGCUGUGAUAGAAACCUCCAAAUAGGCCAUAAAAGAUCUGUAUUUUCUUAACAUUUGGACAACAAAAAUAUAGACUCAGUCUUUGCUUUGACUGCUUGAGUUUCCCUAGAGAAUAUUUACCAUUAACUAGAAGAAGGAGGAGGGAAAAAUGAAAAAUAAUAAAAGGAACUUUCUCUUAUUUCUGACAAGUACCACCAUGUUAACACAAUAAGAUCCUACCAGUACUUUGUAGCAGUUUUACUACAUAGCACUGAUAAACAGAGACAAGAUAUUGACUACUUAUUAGUCACAAGGAAUAAUUUCAUCAUUUGAUUACUUGGAGAGCAGACCUCACAGUCUGGUAUCAGUGCAGGUUCUUUACAGAGGUUGGGUAUGUUCUAAGUAAGGUCAUUUUUCUUCACCCCAUGGCUUCACUCUUUACGUAUUGAAAGUUCUAACAAGUCUGAACUUUUAGCCACUUUAACCUUAGCUAACCCUGAAGUCAAAGGUUAGCUACAAAGUUUAAUUCCACUUAAUAAUACAUUGUCAAUGUGGAACAACCAUUAGAAGCAGGAUGGAGCCCACUGAAGCUUUGCAAUGCAGACAGAAAGGCAGUUAAAAUUAGGAUCAUAGAGUUCUUUUCAAAUUAAAUUUAUAAGAACAGUCUGUGCUAUUCCAGCAGGAUUACUUCCACUUUAAAUUUUAUAAAAUUGUCACCCUUUACUCUGUAAGUGGUUUUGUACAAAGGGUUGACAAGAAUAGAAAAAGUGUACAUGAGUCCAACUGCAAAAUAGCCUCUUUCAUUUCAUCUACCACAUGGUAUUGUUGGAACCACAAAAAAUGAAGCCAGAUAGAUACUGCUGGAUAGUGUUGGGGCAGAGGAGACUGGAAAGGAGGACAAUAUGGGUGGAUACUGAGAGGAAUUAGUAUUUGUGAGCGAAGGAAAAACAUACAUAUAUUGCAGUAUAU